GAGUGAUGGCUGCCGGUGCUCGCUGCGUGCUUCCUCUUCUCGGCUGCUGAGAGCCCUGCGGCUGCUUCCUGGAUAAGUUGUAAGUCCCGUGGAGCUGUCCCCGGUGCCGCCGACCCGGGCCGUGUGCUCGCCGACCGCAGGCGCGUGUGCCCGUGGCUCCAGCCGCCGCCGCCUCGAUCUCCUCGUCUCCCGCUCCGCCCUCCCUUUCCCCUGGAUGAACUUGGGUCCUUUCUCUUCGCCAUGGAAUUCUGCUCCGUGCUUUUAGCCUUCCUGAGCCAAAGAAACCCCAGACAACAGCUGCCCAUACGCAACGUAUAGCAGUAACUCCCCAGCUCGGUUUCUGUGCCGUAGUUUACAGUAUUUAAUUUUAUAUAAUAUAUAUUAUUUAUUAUAGCAUUUUUUGAUACCUCAUAUUCUGUUUACACAUCUUGAAAGCCGCUUAGUAAUUCUCUUACUAAAGAACCACUACUCUAGAGAAUGGCAACGCCGAUUCCCAGUAUUACAGCUUCUGGUCCAUUGGUGGGCUGCCUAUGGAUGCUCAUCCUGGGCUUCAUUAUUGCAUUUGUCUUGGCAUUCUCCGUGGGAGCCAAUGAUGUAGCAAAUUCUUUUGGUACAGCUGUGGGCUCAGGUGUAGUGACCCUGAAGCAAGCCUGCAUCCUAGCUAGCAUCUUUGAAACAGUGGGCUCGGUCUUACUGGGGGCUAAAGUGAGCGAAACCAUCCGGAAGGGCUUGAUUGACGUGGAGAUGUACAACUCAACCCAAGGGCGGCUGAUGGCCGGCUCAGUCAGUGCUAUGUUCGGUUCUGCUGUGUGGCAACUCGUGGCUUCGUUUUUGAAGCUCCCCAUUUCUGGAACCCAUUGUAUUGUGGGUGCAACCAUUGGUUUCUCCCUCGUGGCACAGGGGCAGAAGGGUGUCAAGUGGUCUGAACUGAUAAAAAUUGUGAUGUCUUGGUUCGUGUCCCCACUGCUUUCUGGAAUUAUGUCUGGAAUUUUAUUCUUUCUAGUUCGUGCGUUCAUCCUCCAUAAGGCAGAUCCAGUUCCUAAUGGUUUGCGAGCUUUGCCAGUUUUCUAUGCCUGCACAGUUGGAAUAAACCUCUUUUCCAUCAUGUAUACCGGAGCACCAUUGCUGGGCUUUGACAAACUUCCUCUGUGGGGUACCAUCCUCAUCUCGGUGGGAUGUGCAGUUUUCUGUGCCCUUAUCGUCUGGUUCUUUGUAUGUCCCAGGAUGAAGAGAAAAAUUGAACGAGAAAUAAAGUCUAGUCCAUCUGAAAGCCCCUUAAUGGAAAAAAAGAAUAGCUUGAAAGAAGACCAUGAAGAAACAAAGUUGUCUGUCAGUGAUAUUGAAAACAGGAAUCCUGUUUCUGAGGUAGGGUCUGCCAGUGUGCCUCUCCAGGCUGUGGUGGAAGAGAGAACAGUCUCAUUCAAACUUGGAGAUUUGGAGGAAGCUCCAGAGCGAGAAAGGCUUCCCAGUGUGGACUUGAAGGAGGAAACCAGCAUAGAUAGCACCGUGAAUGGUGCAGUGCGGUUGCCUAAUGGGAACCUUGUCCAGUUCAGUCAAGCCGUCAGCAACCAAAUAAACUCCAGUGGCCACUACCAGUAUCACACUGUGCAUAAAGAUUCUGGCUUGUACAAAGAGCUGCUUCAUAAGUUACAUCUUGCCAAGGUGGGAGAUUGCAUGGGAGACUCUGGUGACAAACCCUUAAGGCGCAAUAAUAGCUAUACUUCCUAUACUAUGGCAAUAUGUGGCAUGCCUCUGGAUUCAUUCCGUGCCAAAGAAGGUGAACAGAAGGGCGAAGAAAUGGAGAAGCUGACAUGGCCUAAUGCCGACUCCAAGAAGCGAAUUCGAAUGGACAGUUAUACCAGUUACUGCAAUGCUGUGUCAGACCUUCACUCUGCAUCUGAGAUAGACAUGAGUGUCAAGGCAGAGAUGGGUCUAGGUGACAGAAAAGGAAGCAGCAGCUCUCUAGAAGAAUGGUAUGAUCAGGAUAAGCCUGAAGUGUCUUUCCUCUUCCAAUUCCUGCAGAUCCUUACAGCCUGCUUUGGUUCAUUUGCCCAUGGUGGCAAUGAUGUAAGCAAUGCCAUUGGGCCUCUGGUUGCUUUAUAUUUGGUUUAUGACACAGGAGAUGUUUCUUCAAAAGUGGCAACACCAAUAUGGCUUCUACUGUAUGGUGGUGUUGGUAUCUGUAUUGGUCUGUGGGUUUGGGGAAGGAGAGUAAUCCAGACCAUGGGGAAGGAUCUGACACCGAUCACACCCUCUAGUGGCUUCAGUAUUGAACUGGCAUCUGCCCUCACUGUGGUGAUUGCAUCAAAUAUUGGCCUUCCGAUCAGUACAACACAUUGUAAAGUGGGCUCUGUUGUAUCUGUUGGCUGGCUCCGGUCCAAGAAGGCUGUUGACUGGCGUCUCUUUCGUAACAUUUUUAUGGCCUGGUUUGUCACAGUCCCCAUUUCUGGAAUUAUCAGUGCUGCCAUCAUGGCAGUCUUCAGAUACAUGCUAUCCUGUGAUCAAAAUUUGUGUCAAUGUUUGGGACCACCUUAGGUAUUCCUGCUCCCCUGAAGAAUGAUUACAAUGUUACUGACGACGUCUUUUUAUUUGGGAGCCAGAAGAGGGAAGUGUUACUUGUGCUAUAAUUGCUUUUGUGCUAAAUAUGACUUGUCUCAAAAUUAGCUAUAUAAAAUAGCCAGGGUUCCACUGGCUCCUGCUGAGAUCCCCUUUCCUUCUGGGCUGUGAAUUCCUGUACAUAUUUCUCUACUUUUUGUAUCAGGCUUCAAUUCCAUUA